GCUCGAACCUCUUGCGUCUCGCCGCCACCGUUGGCCGACAGUCUGUUCGGCACUGCCUGUUUUCGAGACUCGUUCGCUCUCGACUUGUGGUAGACACUCCCUACAUAACUCAGUCGAUGGAUCCUCUCGGUCAAAAUGGUAACCGACCCCGCGUCCUCGACCCAUCCGGUGAGCGGUGCCCGGAUUACGAGUUAGUCGCGUUUGCAGCGAUCAGGCAGGCUAUGACGGCCAACGGCAACAUGAACGACGAGCAAGCAGUCCAGGCUCUUCGAGAGAGUUGGCAAACUCAUCACAACGCGCAAAUCCAAGCUUGGCAGGUUCAGUCCCUAGAGGACCGUCGUCUAGCGGAAGAGGAAGAGCAGCGGGCGCGCGAAGAGGAAGAGGCGCUUCGGGCGGAAGAGCAGCGUGCAGCGGCAGAAGAACAGAAGACGCUAGACAAGAAAAAGCCCAAGCUCGCGACGGUAGAUCCGUCUCGAAGGCCCCCUACCCAACUUCGGCAGAGGGUAGCGGAGUACGCGCGCGAGAAGCUCAUGAAGCUAGCGUACGUCGAACUCGACUAUUUCACGGCUAAAACACGUCAGCUGGCAGAGAGUCAAGCGAAGAGCGUCGUCAACGAGACUUAUACCCUAGUCUCCGGAGACACGGGUCUAAGCCUGACCCCAGCGUCGUCCCUCAAAGCUAUCAAAGGAGUCCGCCGCGAUGCGGAUCUUCCCUUCGAGGAGAUGACGACCGCCUGGCCCGUCUUCAUACAGGAGAUCACGGACCUCCCGGAGAUCUGGCCGCAACCUAUAGUACAGCAGUACCUUCGGUUCUUCCUACAGAUCGUGGGGCACCAGGAUAGCCAAGACCCGAUCGGUCAGCCGGCCCUCAUGCGCUACAUGGAGGAGGUGCGCACAGACUGGCACGAGAAGAUCAUCGCCAGGAACGUCUCGGAUCAGACGUACAAUAUCGGCGUCUUCGAACCAAAACUGUACGAGCAGUGCAAAGCCGAAAUCCAGUCUACGUCGGCAAGGUUGCAGAUUCAACGGGUGCGUCUUCCCCUCUGUUUGUUUAAUUCGUCGAAUCUCCGCUGA